GUGGGCUGGCUACCAAGGCUCAUUUGAGAUCUUUACUUGUUCAAAUUUAACGUUGUUUUGAAAUAUUAAGCAUGCCAUAUUGAAUAAGUUUUCAUCGCUAUCCGGUCACGUCUUAGAAGAUUGGUGCAGAAUUAUGGAUAGCUAUGCGAUUCGGAAUUUGGCACCGAAGAAACAACCGAAACCACCUAACACUGAAACAAAAUCACCGGUUCUGAAAUUACUUAAAAAAACUGCCUCGCGAGCCAACAUAGCCCCUAUGACAAUAGAGGAUUUGGAAGAUUUUGGCACUAACCACCAGGAUGAAAGUGAGCAGAACAAAGUUUGCACAUUGUCUCCAAGUACUGCAUUUGAGUUCAAGCUGGGUUCAAAAUUUGGUGAUUAUAACAUUGGGGGCAUUGUCCGUGUUCGACAAGAAAAACUCGUUAUUUUAGACUGUGUUUCUGGAAAGAUGAAAAUGUUUAAGAGAGCGGCGAAUAAGAAGAACGAGUUACAAUUUAGUUGUAUAACAACUUACAGUUUAUCAGACCAUUCUAAUGGUAUUGCUGCUGUGAAGGAAGACAUGCUUGCUGUUACGUCUGAGAAGAAAGUUCAGUUCUUUAAAGUGAGAAGAUCUAGGUUAAAAUGCACCACGACAACUAUCAAAACUCCCUCAAAAUGUUUUGCAAUAGCUGCUUCAUCAACCAAAGUGUUUUUCAUUGCUCAGAUCUCAUCCAAAUAUGGCUGCAUUAAGUGCUAUGAAAGAACUAAAGGCACUUUCCAAUCGACCUGGAAACUUGAUUUCAUCAUCGAAAGACCAUUUGGCGAAAAUGUUUCGAUCCAUUCCUCUAUGGUGGCUGAGGAGAGGGAAGCCACAGUAUAUUUCACUGAUCCUUUCAACAAAUUCUUAGCGUCGAUGUCGUUUCGAGGCGAAAUGAUUCGAAUCGCUCGGUUUGACUGGACACCUCGUGGACUGGCUGUCGUGGAUGAUUUCAUAGUUGUUGACAAUGACACGGCUCGUUCUUUAUGUUUAAUGAACAAGAAUGGACAAUUGCUGAAGACUUUGAUCAGUAACCUACAUGAAAACCCUUCUCACUUAUGUUACAACCCCAUCUCCAGGGAACUGUUUGUGUGUGCUCUUCGCUCACAGAAAAUACGUGUUUAUUCGGUGGAAAGUUUGGAUACUGCGAUGGCCACUAGUGAAUGUUAGUUGCAAUAAUAGAAACAUGUUUCUGAAGAAAUAAUUGCAUAAGUUAUGAACAUGUAUACUUGAAUUCUUUAUUUUCUUUUUCAUUUUUCCUCCUUUUUUAUUGGUUAAUUGAGAUGUUCAUUCAAUGUUACAUAUAUGUACAAGUAUAAUGCAAUAAAGGUAUGGAGUAUGUUACUUUAUGUAAGGCACUCUAUGAUGUGAAAUUCCAAA